AUGUCUAAUUUGACGGGUCGAGUCCAGACCGUCCUUGGACUCGUAGAUCCGGAGAAACUGGGACGUACGAUGACCCACGAACACCUCACCAUGACUUUUGAGUGUUGCUACUUUCCCCCUCCCCAGGGAGACGAGGCAGUGGCGGCAAACCCCUUUCAAAUGCAGCACAUGCACUGGCUUAGGCAAAAUCCCUAUAGCUGCCAUGAGAAUCUACUGCUCCAACAAGAGACUGAUGCUGUACGGGACGAGCUGCGGGUCUACAAGCAAGCAGGAGGGGGCGCUAUAGUGGAGAAUACGACUACCGGGAUUGAGAGAGAUCUUCCCACCUGAAACAGGCUGGCCCAAGACACAGGGGUCCAUAUUAUCGCAGGGGCGGGUUACUAUGUGGACUGCACUCACUCAGAGACCACCAAGAGCAUGACUGUGGAGCAGCUCACGGACGUCAUUGUGAGUGAAGUGCUGAAUGGAGCGGAUGGUACAGACAUUCGUUGUGGUGUGAUUGGGGAAAUAGGCACCGGCUGGCCCAUCACCGACAGCGAGAAGAGGGUCCUAAGAGCGACCGCCCAUGCACAGACCCGACUGGGCUGCCCCGUCAUCAUACACCCCGGACGAAACCCCGCUGCCCCCGCUGAGGUGGUCCGCAUCCUGCAAGAAGCCGGGGGAGAUAUUGGCAAAACUGUCAUGUCACAUCUGGACAGGACUAUAUUUGAUGAGGGAGAGCUGCUGGAGUUUGCUAAACUGGGGAGUUACCUGGAGUAUGAUCUGUUUGGUACAGAGAUGCUGAACUAUCCUUACAACACAGACAUCGACAUGCCCAGUGACAGUCAGCGGGUGAAGACCCUGGCGUUUCUGGUGAAGGAGGGCUAUGAAGACAAGAUCCUAGUGGCUCAUGAUAUUCACACCAAAAACCGUCUCACAAAGUUUGGAGGUCACGGUUACUCCCACAUCCUGAAAAACAUUGUACCAAAGAUGUUAACGAGAGGCAUCAGUCAGCGCCAAGUGGACAAAAUCCUCAUCGACAAUCCAAAGCACUGGCUCACCUUUAAAUGAACAAACUAUUAUCUAACAUAAACUAGUCCUUUACUUUUAUAUCAAUAAAUAAGGGAAAAUGAACACUGUAACUUUAGCACUAAAUGACUGAAGUGUAGUAUUUUCUAUUCAAAUGAAGAUUUUUACAAUAUUGUUUUGUGAUUCAAAGAGUGUCAGUGGAUCAAGAUAAGAAGUUACUCUAUUCUGUGUGUCCAUUAACUUGGCUUCUAAUUUUAAUAUGCUAUCUUAAUACAUGAAUUGUAAUAACACCCAAUUUGAUCAUUUUUUAAAAUCUU